AUGGCUGCCCUCUACACCGGUGCACCUCCGCAAGGCGGCCCAGGCUAUUCGUUCAAGCAGACCCCCACAACUGUUCCGUCAGGCGAGCGGCAACAUGGCUUCUACCCCUACACGGACAACGGUGGCUCAACACUGGGCAUCUCCGGCGCCGACUUCGCCAUCCUCGCAGGCGACACACGCUCGACUUCCGGCUACAACAUCAACACACGAUACGCACCCAAGCUCUUCAAGAUCGGCGGCGAGGGACCGGAGAACAAGGGUGCCAGGAUAGUGCUAUCAGUGGUCGGUUUCGCCGCCGACGGUGAUGCGCUGAAGGAGCGUCUCGACACCAUCGUCAAGAUGUACAAGUACCAGCACGGAAAGCCCAUGACCGUCUCCGCCUGCGCACAACGACUCAGCCACAUUCUCUACAACAAGCGAUUUUUCCCCUACUACGUACACGCCAUCCUGGCUGGUUUGGACGAGGAGGGCAAGGGUGCACUGUACUCCUACGACCCGGUCGGCAGCUACGAGAGGGAGCAGUGCAGGGCGGCUGGCGCUGCGGCAUCUCUCAUUAUGCCUUUCUUGGACAACCAGGUCAACUUCAAGAACAUGUACGAGCCAGGCAGCGGAACAGGCCACGAACUCAAGUCGAAGCAAGCACAACCGCUACCGCGGGAUCACGUCGAGGACCUGGUACGGGACGCCUUCACGAGCGCCGUGGAGAGGCACAUUGAGGUUGGUGAUGGCCUUCAGAUGAUGAUCAUUACAAACGAGGGCAUAGCCGAGACCUUCACACCCCUCAAGAGGGACUAA